UGCAUGAAGAUGAGCAGAUGAAAAUACAGAAAUUUUAGAAAAACAGAGUGUGAAAGAAAAUAGAGGAUAUAUAUUUAUCAUGGGAAACUCAGACACAAAGCUGAAUUUUAGGAAAGCAGUUAUUCAACUUACUACAAAGACACAGCCCAUUGAAGCAAAUGAUGAAGCGUUUUGGGAACAGUUUUGGUCAGAAAGCGUUACAUGUGUUCAAGAUGUGUUUACAUUAAUCCCAGCGGCAGAAAUUAGGGCGUUGAGAGAGGAAUCUCCAUCAAACUUAGCCACGCUCUGUUACAAAGCUGUAGAGAAGCUGGUCGCUGCAGCAGACAGUGGCUGUCCAUCACAAAAAGAACAACAAACAGUAUUGAACUGUGUGCGGCUUCUGACUCGCAUUUUACCGUACAUAUUCGAGGACCCAGAUUGGAGGGGAUUUUUCUGGUCUACACUACCAAACCAGUCGGAGGAGUCUGAGAUUGAGAGUACCCCACUAGCACAGUCUUUACUAAAUGCAUUAUGUGAUCUCCUGUUUUGUCCAGACUUCACAGUGCAGUCCAACAGAAAAUCAGGACCAGACAAUCCAGAAGACAUGGGCUCCAUUGAUAGUUGUGAAUACAUCUGGGAGGCAGGGGUUGGGUUUGCUCACUCUCCGCCCCACAAUCUUAAUCAUGACCAACACAGAACAGAGAUUAUCAAGCUGUUUCUCACCUGCUUCUCAGAGACCAUGUAUUUACCACCAAUAGCUGAUGCACACACACUUCCAAAUCAGUGGAUUCAUUAUUUCACAUCAACAGACAACAGACAUGCUCUGCCACUGUUCACAUCUCUACUCAAUAUUGUGUGUGCCUAUGAUCCUGUGGGGUAUGGUGUCCCGUACAAUCAUCUCAUGUUCACCGACUCCCGAGAACAGCUGGUAGAGGGCGCCCUACAAGUCCUCUGUGUUACCAUGGAAAAUGAAUCCGGCAGUCACAAUGUGUCUGUGGAUGGUACCUCAGGAGGGACGGCUAUGGAGGCUCAGAGUGAUACUGGAGGUCCAGAUAACCUGUUUGUAAACUAUUUAUCCAGAAUCCACAGAGAGGAGGACUUUUCCUUUAUACUAAGGGGAAUAACUCGUCUCCUCAACAAUCCAUUGACUCAAACUUAUUUACCAGGCUCCUGCAAAAAAAUCCAGUUCCAUCAAGAGUUACUGGUCCUGUUCUGGAAAAUGUGUGAUAUCAAUAAGAAAUUCAUGUUUUAUGUACUGAAGAGCAGUGAUGUUUUGGACAUUCUUGUUCCCAUCUUGUAUUUUCUGAAUGAUGCCAGAGCAGACCAGUUAGGAUGUGACCAAAAUGAUGUGGCUCGAGUUGGUCUUAUGCACAUUGGUGUAUUUAUCCUGCUCCUGUUGAGUGGUGAACGGAACUUCGGAGUGCGGUUAAAUAAACCAUACUCCGUUCGAGUUCCGAUGGAUAUACCGGUGUUCACUGGAACGCAUGCUGAUUUCCUCAUCAUUGUUUUCCAUAAAAUCAUAACAACUGGACACCAGAGACUUCAGCCUCUGUUUGACUGCCUCCUGACCAUUGUAGUCAAUGUAUCCCCAUAUCUGAAAACACUGUCAAUGGUCGCCAGCACCAAACUACUGCAUCUGUUAGAGGCGUUCAGUACACCAUGGUUUCUGUAUGCCAGUCCUACAAACCAUCACUUGGUCUUCUUCCUCUUGGAAGUCUUUAACAACAUUAUUCAGUAUCAGUUUGAUGGCAACUGUAAUCUUGUAUACACAAUCAUCAGAAAGAGAAAUGUAUUCCACCAGCUGGCAAAUUUACCCAUGGAGCAUUCAACCAUUGCCAAAGCCCUGAGUAAGAGGGGUAAGAAGUUCGUACAGCUGACCCCCGAGAGUGGGAAAGACCUCCCCAUAAUGGAGGGGGCCACACCUGCCAUGGAGGCGGAGCCAGGAACACUCAAAACAACACUGGCUGCCACGCCUAUAAAUAUAAAGCCAGAGAUGCGAAGACUGGAUAAGAUGACUGAGAAAGCUGCCCCGGACGAUGGUCACUCUGAGCUCACACUGAAGGAGCUGGCCACCUCGUCUGGUAAUGUCAACAUCCAGCCUCCAUCUGAGAUCCAGGACCCUGACUCACCAGAUCACAACAAACCCAAAACAAAGACACCCAAAUCCCUUCCUAAUUCCCCACCAGCAAGUCCCACUGGCUCAGAGACAGCAGCACGGCCACCGCUUGCCAGGACUUUAUCCAGCUCCAGCGGAUCCUGGGUUGCCACACCAGAGUGGGUUCAGUCUUGGAAACAGAAGCUGCCCCUGCAGACCAUAAUGAGGAUGCUUCAGGUUCUAGUACCCCAGGUGGAGAAGAUCUGCAUUGACAAAGGGUUAACAGAUGAAAGUGAAAUCCUGAAAUUCCUUCAGCAUGGGACAUUGGUGGGACUACUUCCUGUUCCGCACCCAAUCCUAAUCAGAAAGUAUCAGGCCAACAGUGGCACCACCAUGUGGUUCAGAACCUACCUAUGGGGAGUGAUAUAUCUCAGAAAUGUCGACCCACCGAUAUGGUACGACACAAAUGUCAAGCUGUUUGAGAUUCAGAGAAUAUGACAAGGUUAGUGAUUCUGGAAAAGUGAUCAAAACUGAAAAAUUUUGCCAAAAGGAGUACAGGAAAGUGAUGGAGACCUGUCACAAAGCAAAAUAUAAUAGACCUGUGAAUGGAAGAUCUGCAAUGGGGUGUUAUAGAUGUAGUGUGUAACAGUAUUGUGUUAUCAACUAUUAUUCAUUUGAUGUUUUUUCUUUGUGUUGGACAUCAUGGACUUUGUUUCGAUGGCUUUAUAAACAUAAUGUAGGUAUUUAUAUGUCAGAAAUCUUGUAAAGCCCCUGACAGCUGAAAAAUUUAUGGAUUUUUUUUCACAUCAUUGGGGAGAGGAUUUUAAGUAGAUGAUAGUGUAUAGAUAGAGGUCUAAUACCCCCCCCCCCCUCCCCCGAACUCUUUAAAAUAUUCAACAUUACCAUUCCCACUGCAUUCCAGAUGUGAUGUAAACUAUCUUAAACUAUUUUAAAUUCAUUAACAGUAAACUCUGUUUUUCUGAUAAAGGUACCGAUAAGGUGUAUUAAUGAAGGUAUUCAAAUGUAGGUACCAGGUAUUUAUCCAAGCAGGUCUUAAAAAAUCUACUAUGACUUUUAAUGAUAGUAUACAUGUGUAUAUAUAUGCAUAGUAAAGGGUGUAUGUAGACGUUUUUCUUAUGAAUUCCAAAGAAUUUCUUGUUGCAAUUGUAACUGUGACAAUAUUUUUUUUUAAAUACUAAAUGGAAGAACAAUGAAGACAAUUUGUCAACAAAAAACUAAAAAAUUAAUGAUGAUGAUACUAUAAGAUAUUUUCUAAACCAAUGGAGAUUUGAGUACAAAUUGUAGAUAAAUCUUGGCUGAUAAACCUAAAGCUGCAUCUCUUUAGACCUUUUAAGAGUUGUUGAACUUGAAUUGUAAAAUGUUAAAUAAAAAAAAAAGGCAUGCAGGUUACAGCUGCCUGGAUUUUAUGCAUUAUGAAUUUUAUACCUCUAUUUGUAGUAGAUUCAGAUAUCAACAGAAAUCCUGUGAACUGUUUUAUGUUGUUGUACAUUGAUAGCAUCCUCAAUGACAUUUCUUGUUUCUGCUCUAGUUCUCAUUCUUUGAUGAUAAAGAAAAUGUAAUAUGGCGAUGUAAAUUAUGUGCAAUUAAAUAAUAUUUAAAUAAUAUAUGGAUAUUGUUCACAUUUUGUUAUAUUUAUGUAAAAAUAUAUACGUAUAUGUUGAAGUGGUGUCCAAAUUGUUAGUGAAAAUAAAGAAUUCAACUAAUGGAA